AUGGAGGAAACCGGAGCACACGGAGGAAACCGGAGCACACGGAGGAAACCGAAGCACACGGAGGAAACCGGAGCACACGGAGGAAACAGGAGCAUACGGAGGAAACCGAAGCAUAUGGAGGAAACCGGAGCACACGGAGGAAACCGGAGCACACGGAGGAAACCGAAGCACACGGAGGAAACCGGAGCACACGGACGAAACCGGAGCAUAUGGAGGAAACCGGAGCACACAGAGAAAAGGAAACCUGAGACAAAACCUACACAGACACAGGGAGAACAAGCAAAGAGAGGCCUAGAGUGUCGGGACGGUCCAGAUCCAGGCCACAUCCAGACCCAGGCUCUGUGGGACGGUCCAGAUCCAGUCCAGGUCCAGACCCAGGCUCUGCGGAACGGUCCAGAUCCAGGCUCGGUGGGACGGUCCAGAUCCAGGCUCUGUGGGACGGUCCAGAUCCAGGCUCUAUGGGACGGUCCAGAUCCAGGCUCUAUGGGACGGUCCAGAUCCAGGCUCUAUGGGACGGUCCAGAUCCAGGCUCUGUGGGACGGUCCAGAUCCAGGCUCUGUGGGACGGUCCAGAUCCAGGCUCUGUGGGACGGUCCAGAUCCAGAUCCAGGCUCUGUGGGACGGUCCAGAUCCAGACCCAGGCUCUGUGGGACGGUCCAGAUCCAGACCCAGGCUCUGUGGGACGGUCCAGAUCCAGGCUCGGUGGAGACUUUCUGUUUGA